AAUCGUAAAUAUCGCUCAGAUGUAAACGCGACCAGCUACGCGACAGGUCGGUUCGUUUGGCAAAUAUUUUAAACGGGAUUGUACAAAAACUGGCGACGUGAAGGCGGAUAAGCAUCGGGAAUUGCGCUAUUGAAAAUUAAUACUCCUUGAGAAAGUGUUAGACGUUCCAUAAAUCGCCGCCAUGGGUGAUAUGUUUCGCAGCGAAGAUAUGGCUUUGUGCCAGCUCUUCAUACAGCCUGAAGCAGCCUAUGCCUCAGUGGCUGAGUUGGGUGAAUUGGGUUGUGUACAAUUCCGUGAUCUUAACGGAGAGGUAAGCGCCUUUCAGCGUAAAUUUGUCACCGAAGUGAGACGCUGUGAUGAGCUUGAACGUCGUAUUCGUUAUGUCGAAAACGAGAUGCGCAAGGAUGGCAUCGAGAUGCCCAAACUCGAUGAAGACAACGAACCGGCUGCACCAAAUCCAAGGGAAAUCAUAGAUUUGGAGGCCCACUUGGAAUCGAUUGAGACGGAGUUGAAGGAGUUGAGUCAGAACGGUGUCAAUUUGAAUAUGAAUUACAAUGACAUGAGCGAAUUGAAGGCGGUAUUGGAAAAUACCGAAUGUUUCUUUGACGAUAAGGAAAUUAUGAAUUUGGAUACGAAUCGUUAUAUCGAUCCAAAUGAUAUGGCCGCCCAACAGCAGAGGGGCCAGCUGGGCUUUAUUGCCGGUGUUAUAAAGUUGGAGAAAUUCUUUGCUUUCGAACGUAUGUUAUGGCGUAUUUCACGCGGUAAUAUCUUUUUGAAACGCAGCGAUUUGAGCGGCAUGCUUACGGAUCCCGAAACGGGACAUCCAGUUUUGAAGACAGUGUUCGUGGCCUUUUUCCAAGGUGAACAAUUGAAGCAGAGAAUUCAAAAGAUUUGCCAAGCCUUCCAUGCUGCCGUCUAUCCCUGUCCCAGUGCCCAUCAGGAGCGUGUGGAUAUGUUGAAAGAUGUCUCUACGCGAUUGGAAGAUUUGAAAAUGGUAUUGAACAGUACUGCCGAUCAUCGCAAUCGUGUCUUGGUUAGUGCCUCUCGCAACAUGCCCAUUUGGACGAUAAGCAUUAAGAAAAUGAAGGCCAUCUAUCACACCCUGAACAUGUUCAAUAUGGAUGUUUCGAACAAGUGUUUGAUUGGUGAAGGUUGGGUUCCCCUCAACGAUUUCCAGACGGUGAGCAAUGCUUUGGCCCGUGGCUCGAAAAUGGUGGAGAGUACAAUUCCAUCAUUUGUAAAUGUCAUCGAGACGAAUGAACAACCGCCGACUUUCACACGCACCAACAAGUUUACCAAUGGUUUCCAAAAUCUAAUCGAUUCCUAUGGUGUGGCAUCGUAUCGUGAGGCCAAUCCUGCCCUCUACACAUGCAUCUCCUUCCCUUUCUUGUUCGCUGUGAUGUUUGGCGAUUUGGGCCAUGGCAUGAUUCUCUUCCUGUUCGCCCUGUACCUGGUGCUCAAGGAGAACACUUUGCGCAAAAUCAAAGGUGAAAUUUUCCAACUUUUCUUUGGUGGCCGUUACAUUAUCCUGUUGAUGGGUCUGUUUUCCAUGUACACCGGCUUCAUAUACAACGAUGUCUUUUCCAAGUCCAUGAACAUCUUUGGUUCCACUUGGAUGGUGCGUUACAAUACCACCACCGUGACGGAAAAUCCCUACAUGCAAAUGAAUCCCAAGUACCAUGUCCAAGGUGUAUAUCCUAUGGGUCUGGAUCCCAUAUGGCAGCUGGCCGAUAACAAAAUUAUUUUCCUUAACACCUAUAAAAUGAAGUUGUCCAUUAUCUUUGGUGUCCUGCACAUGGUGUUCGGUGUCUGCAUGUCGCUGGUCAACUAUACCCACUUCAGGAAGCGCAUCAACAUUAUCAUGGACUUCAUACCUCAGGUCGUGUUUUUGGUCCUACUGUUCGGUUAUAUGGUUUUCAUGAUGUUCUUCAAGUUUGUAAAAUACAAUGGCAAGGCCGAUGAGCUAGAAUUGACACCCGGCUGUGCUCCAUCGAUUUUGAUUUUGUUCAUCAACAUGAUGUUGUUCAAACACCAAGAGCCCUUGCCAGGCUGCGAGGAAUAUCUUUUCGAAGGUCAAGAUAUGUUGCAAACUGUGUUCGUGAUCAUUGCUGUUAUCUGCAUUCCAUGGAUGUUGUUGGGCAAGCCAUUCUACAUCAUGUGUCAACGUAAAAAGCAACCUGUUGCCCAUCAUGCCAACGGAGACAUUGAGAAUAAUGGACAAGCUGCCGCAAAGCCGGCUGCAUCUGCCGGUGGUCACGGUGGCCAUGGCCACGAUGAUGAGCCAAUGGGUGAAGUUUUCAUUCAACAGGCAAUUCACACCAUUGAAUAUGUUUUGAGUACCAUUUCCCAUACGGCUUCGUAUCUGCGUUUGUGGGCUUUGUCAUUGGCUCAUGCCCAAUUAUCUGAGGUCUUGUGGAGCAUGGUCAUGCAAAGGGGUUUAAUCAUACCCAGCUAUGCUGGUUCCGUAAUGCUAUUUUUCAUUUUUGGCGCCUGGGCUGGUUUGACAUUUGGUAUUUUGGUUUUGAUUGAAGGUCUAUCGGCUUUCUUGCACACAUUGCGUUUGCAUUGGGUCGAAUUCAUGAGCAAAUUCUACGAAGGUUUGGGCUAUGCCUUCCAACCAUUCUCAUUCAAGACCAUUUUGAAUGAAAGUGAGGAAUAAUUUUUAAAAAACAAAUAUUGAGUGAGAUCCAGCAAUAAUUAUGCUUUUAUUUUUCAAAUGUAAAAUUAUUCGAUAAUAAAAUACGAUCAUGCAUAAUA